AUUUUGACACACUAACAUAGAGAAAAGAAAUGAAGGACGUAGAACUGAAGGAGGUGGAUCAGGUAAAACAGCUAAUGACCCGAGAAAACAACGGCUGCGUGAAGGUCACGGUCUCAGAGAACGCUGGAGUGAAGUACGGCCUCUCCAAAGACGAGUUAAUCCAAAUCGCUGGUACAGCUGGGUGGGUUCGGACUCGUUGGGCUUUGCUGGUUCUGUUCUGGCUCGGCUGGGUCGGCAUGUUAGCUGGAGCAAUAGUGAUCAUAGUACAGGCUCCACGCUGUAAACCCAUUCCUGAGAUGAACUGGUGGAACGAAGGUCUUCUGUACCAGAUAUCUGACUUGAACACUUUCUCUGACAAUGGACUGAAAGGAGUGGAGGAGAAGCUGGACUAUCUGAGCCAGAUGAAGGUGAAGGGGCUUGUUCUGGGUCCGAUACACACUGUGCAAGCAGACCAGCCGGAUACACUGAAUCUAAAUUCAAUUAAAUCUGAAGUAGGCACUGAGAAUGAACUGGAAUCUCUGCUGGAGCAAGCGCAUAAAAGAGGUAUCUCCAUAGUGCUGAAUUUAACACCCAACUAUGAAAAACCCUCAGUCUGGUUCAAGAAUGUUACCACUGUUGCUGAGAAAAUCAGAGAAGCAUGUGCAUACUGGUUGACUAAAGGAUUUGAUGGCAUUUUCCUGUCUGACCUGAAAGAUAUCGUAUUAUCACACUACUGGCCAUCUAUACAAGUCAUAUUCAACCAAACCGACAAUAUUAAAAAAGUAGCUCUGAUGGGAUCAGUCACCGGUCUCUCUGUGGAGGAAGUCUCUCUCCUGCUGAACCGCUCAGGUGUUGACCUGCUCCUGACUGAACUGGCUGCUCCGGCCGGGUCCGGCGUGAGACAGGCACAGGCGAUACAGAAGCUGUACUCUGGUCACCUGCAGACGAGUCUGGGCUGGAGUCUGAGUGGACGGUCUCUGGGAUCUCCAGCAGUGCCAGUGAGGCUCUUUCACACACUGCUGUUCACACUGCCCGGCACUCCUGUGUUCAGCGCUGGAGACGAGGUCGGACUCAAGGCAGGGGAAAACCUUCAAACAAUGUGGGACUUGGAAAACCCAGUAGAAGCGACGAAUGCAACAGCAAAGACUCUGCAGGAGGAGCGUAUCGCAGUGCGUGACUUCUUCAAAGCGCUCAGUGAUCUGAAACGAAAAGAGCGAUCGCUUCUCCACGGAGAAUAUGUCAGUUUUCACAAUUCAGCCACUUCAUUAGCAUUUCUCCGCCUUUGGGAUCAGAGCGAACGCUUCAUUACCGCUGUGAACUGGGGAAAUGACUCGGUCACCAUGAAGCUCACCAAUAGUGACCUGCCGGCUCAAGCUCAGGUUCGCCUCAGCACAGAUGCUGAGAAUCUAGCCGUGGAUCUCAAGGUGUCAGUAGAGAAGCUGGAGCUUGGGCCCAAACAGGCUGUUCUGUUGUCUUAUCCUUAUCCUGGUUAGACACACAUAUACAGAUCCUCAUAUUGUCUCAGAACUGUUUUAUAUUCUCUGAGGCCAGUUUUAA